UCCAAAUCCAAGAUGGCGUACGUAUCGACAUCACAUCUUGUAAGGGGAAUAACACAUCAACAAAGAGUAACUCGACUGUACAGGAAUAGUCUAAAACAUCUGUUAUCGUGGUGCAUUGGACGGGAAGGAUGGAGGAAAGAGGCCCUAGAACUUAGAGCACGAUUUGAUGCCAAUAAAGAAGAGACAGACAGAAAAAAGAUUGCUGCCAUUAUGGAUCAAGCUGAAGUAGAAUUUGAACAAAGAAAGCAUCCCUAUCCUUAUCUAGGCCCAACUGUCCCUGAUGGUUCAAAAUGGGAGAGAAACACCCCUCCAGCUCCCCAUGUGUUAAUGAUGCUUCCACAAGAAGAAGAAUGGUAUAAAGAAAUGAUGGAUUAUGCAAACUAUAAAACCGAUUGAAAAACUGUUCCCGAUCAAUACACUUUGUACAGUCUAAUUUGUGURAAAAUACUAAACAUUUAAGCUUUGAUCUUGGUUGUUACUGGUAAUAAACAAUUUGAAUGAAAAAUGUUAUUAAAGUACAAAAAGAAACA